UAUGGGUAUACAGGCAAUUAGCUACAGGCGUUCUCAGGCCUGCUGGUCAUUAUUGCUUGUGUAUCUCCUUCUUAAUACCAUACACGCGACAGCCUCACCAGUACAGUACUGCACCAUUGACAAGAGACACAACGUCGAUCAAUGCAUCGUUGCUUUUUCUUAUCACAAUGCCUCUUCUGGGGGGAACGAUCUUCAGCUGUAUCUUUCGGCAAAAUUUGAAGAGCGUAAAGGCUAUGCAGCUUUCGGAAUAGGAUCAUUGAUGGAUGGAGCUUUGAUGUUUGUCCUUUACCCGGGCCGGCGUGCAGGAGACGUCACCUUCAGCCUGCGAACAACACACUUUCACAAUCCGCCAGAAGUUGCGCACGAUGGACCUUCAUACUCGGUAACUAACGCUACGGUUGACGGCUCGUAUCAUAACGUUGGAAUCGUUUGCUACAGCUGUGAUACAUGGUCUGGAAACAAGUUCAGCGUACACUCGGAGAAACAGCCCUGGGUGUUUGCAAACAAUUACGACUGGCUGAUGCAGACUGACGACCAAACCAAGCCUUUAACCUUGCACACCUUCUACGACACAUUUCAAUUGAAUAUGAAGGCUAGUUACUCCGAAGAAGACAGGGCAAUCCCACUUGGCCUCUUGAACAACGACCGCAACUUAGAUUUUGGCCCGAGCAAGCACGGUGGCCCCUCUUCGAGCCGAAAGUUAUCACCAUACGUAGCUCACGGCGCUCUCCAAGCACUUGCGUUCUUGGUGUUGAUGCCAACUGCUGUUGUUAUCAUUCGCAACAAAAAUGAAAGUUCAUUCUGCAUUCAUUGGAUAAUACAGACCGUUUCCGCCGUUACUGCUGCAUGCGGAAUUGGCUUGGGUAUAUACGCAUCAAAACUCAUCAUAGAGGUCCCGUCUACUAGAGGAAGCCACCAAAUAAUUGGGAUGCUCAUAGGUAUCGGCCUUUUCAUGGCGCCUAGCCUCGGCUACUUACAUCACGAUUGUUUCUUGAAGACUGGACGGCAGACUGCUUUUACUAAAUGGCACCGUCGAAUCGGGUACAUCAGCAUGAUCAGCGGAUGGUUAAACACGUUACUGUGA